GCAAUAUUGGAUGGGAUGAAGCUUAAAAAGUGGCUCACCAGUGUUUUAUUGCUCACUGUUGCCGCGCUUAGCAAUGCGUUAGGUGCAUUUGUGGGGGUAAACAUUGGAACUGAUGUUUCUGAUAUGCCAUCUGCUUCAAAUGUGGUUGCUAUUCUAAAAGCCCAUCAAAUUACUCAUGUGCGUCUAUUUGAUGCCAAUGCGCACAUGCUACAAGCCCUCUCAAACACUAGUAUUCAAGUGAUUGUUGGUGUUACCGACGAGGAGAUACUAAGGAUUGGAGAAUCUCCAUCAGUUGCUGCAGCCUGGAUUAAUAAAAAUGUAGCUGCUUACAUGCCGUCAACUAAUAUCACAGCAAUAGCAGUUGGCAGUGAGGUUCUGACCUCAAUUCCAAAUGUUGCCCCUGUUCUGGUUCCUGCCAUGAAUUAUCUUCACAAAGCCCUGGUUGCUGCAGACCUUAACUUCCGGGUUAAAAUUUCAACUCCCCAGCACAUGGAUAUAAUCCCUAGGCCUUUUCCUCCUUCAACUGCCACCUUUAACUCUUCAUGGAACUCUACAAUCUACCAACUCCUUCAGUUUUUGAAGAACACAAAUUCCUCAUACAUGCUGAAUGCCUAUCCUUAUUAUGGAUAUACUAAAGGAGACGGCAUUUUCCCAAUUGAAUAUGCUCUAUUCCAAUCCCUUCCUUCAGUGAAGCAAAUUGUUGACCCGAACACACUCUUCCACUAUAACAGUAUGUUUGAUGCUAUGGUGGAUGCUACCUAUUAUUCUAUUCAAGCCUUCAAUUUCAAUAAUAUACCCAUUAUCGUCACAGAGACAGGCUGGCCAAGUUUUGGUGGAGCAAAAGAACAAGAUGCUACUGUAGAGAAUGCUGAGACCUAUAACAAUAAUUUGAUUCGUAGAGUCCUCAAUGAUUCUGGUCCCCCCAGUCAGCCAAAGAUAGCCAUUAAUACCUACAUAUAUGAAUUGUUUAAUGAAGACAAGAGGAAUGGACCUAUAUCAGAAAAAAAUUGGGGCGUUUUUUAUACUAAUGGAAGUACUGUUUAUCCUUUGAGUUUUAGUGCUUCUAACCAUAGUGGAAAUUCUUCAGCAUUUUUUUGUGUAGCAAAAGAUGGUGCAGACACUGAUAAGCUGCAAGCUGGCAUCAACUGGGCUUGUGGACAAGGCCAUGCAAACUGUGCUGCUAUUCAAGCAGGGCGACCGUGCUAUUUCCCCAAUAAUGUGAAAAGCCAUGCCUCUUAUGCUUACAAUGAUUAUUAUCAAAAAAUGCAUAAUGCUGGCGGAACAUGUGACUUCGAUGGUACGGCUACAACAAUUACCAAGGAUCCUAGUUAUGGAUCCUGUAUAUAUGCGGGAAGUUCUAACUCAAGCACUGGUGGAGGGAGUUCAUCUUCUACGGCACUUGGACCUCUAGGUUCUGUUGGAGCAAGUAGGAACUUACAAGUGUCCAGCCUUCACUAUUUGAUAUCUUCUACUAGUGUAUUUUUUGCUCUGGUGUUGUUAUGACCUAAAGGUCGAUACGCUUUUAUAUUGUAAUUCAA